UUUCAAAGCAGCUGGGGCAAAAGCUUCCUGCGUUAAGGAUGAUCGGUAGUCCGUACUAAUCUCUCUCUUUCUUUCUUUCUUUCUUUCUUUCCCCUUUUCCUUUAUCUCUGCGUUGUCCAGUUGGUGUCAGCCCGCUGAGGUAGAAAAAGGUAUUCUUUCGUUUUCACAGAAACUCGCUCUCUUGUUUUGUUCAAGUAACAUUGAAACAAACGAGAGGUUUGUGGACCGCUUAUACAGUUUUACUUAUUUUUAGUUGCAGCACGCUACAAUGAGAAUCAGCAUCAUACAUGAACUAAUCUCAUUUGGAUCCAAUAAAUGUGUAGGAGAAAGGGAGAGAGGAUGAGAGAGCGAGAAGGAGGGAGGAUGCGAGAGAGAGGAAAGGGGAGGAUUGAUCUGCCCGCUGUUAAAAUCUUGUACUGUUUUCACUCGGAGUGAGAUCUAAGCUUGCUGACUUGCUUUUUCUGUCAAAGGUCUUAUUUGGAAAAAGAAAUCGAGGAAAAAAAUAUUCACGUUUCAUGACACAUAUUAAUAGUUAAUAUAAGUGACAGUCGAAAUUAUUUCACUGAAUGGAAUUUUUUAUUUAUGUUUGAGAAAAGCAUCGAGGCUGACAGAAAACGGAGACGGGGCAGGUUUUAAGAGGAUCUGCCCAUGCUUUUAAACGGACACCGUUCGUAUCGGACAGAUUCUGGGCAAAGCGGAGACACCGACAACGCACCCAACUUGAAACUUCAGAAUCACAGUCUUCACUCUUCUACUUGGAAUUUUGGGAGCUAGUAGUUGAACUGUACAAAUUUCACCGUGCAAGCAUAAACAACAACAGAAAGAACUCGCAUGACAUUUUUUCCUCCGAAAUUUUAAAGGGUGAUGUCAUCUGCGUGUUUUUGGGCUGGUAUUGUGCUGGAUCUCAGUGAGAGUCGCCGACAGGCAGCGCGCCGCGUACAGCGCUGCGGAUCAGGUGCGGUGCGGAUUUAUCCCCCGCACACUGCCGCCGCGAGUAGCUGUAUCCGCUACACCGACAAAGCUGUCGCUAUACUCUCUCUGAUCGUUUAUUAAACAUCCUCUAAGCAGGACCUUGCCCGUGGUCUCAGUGAUGUCUUUUGGCAAUUGCAGGUCUCAGUGCCAAAAGCCUUGGACUCGCCGACCUUUCCGGAAGGCAUAACCAUGACUGCUUCCACCGAGCGGCACUUGGAGCCCGCAGACCCAUCGCCUUUUUGCCGUCCUCAUCUCUACGCCGGCCAGGUUUUCUCCCUCCCGCGGCUACUGAUCUCGCAUCACAGGAACUAGACCAACUCCCUCUCCCCUUCUUGCCACCCCCACCCCAAGCCUUUCCUAUUCAUAAAACUCAUUCCUCCGUAUGCCUGCUUUCUUUUUCCUCCCUUUACGCGUCAACCCGUAGCAGGUUAUUUUUUUAAUUUGCAAAAUCAUUGUAAACUGAAUUUUUAAAAGGGGAAAGUAUAUAUUCAAAACGGAUUUAUAAAGACAGAGGAAGCGGUGCAGAGUCUGCCCCAGCGCCGGACAACAAGAUAUUAGCCACAGCGGAAGACUGUCAUUCACAUCCUACCCUUGGAGCAUCAGUGGCGAACUGGCUACUCCCAUCGCAACCCACCUGGCGACCUUAUGUUUCAAACGACCAAACUCUUGCGAAAGACUGGGAUAUAAGCCAGCUGACUAUGGAAUUAAAGUGAGCAAACUCUUUUAUUGACACCGCGUGGUAAUCAGUUAUUGCCCCUCUUCUCUCGGCACUAAAAGUCCCUGUCAGACGGCUCUCCGCGGAGUGCUGCUUAUUCAGCUGCAACCACAGUGGCACAAGCGUCCCAUCGGAACACACCCCACCCCCGUGUUCAGCCCGACCAAGGGGCCCGCCGCUUACCGCUAAUGCGCACGGGACUGGCGGCUGGCCACGACGUCCCUCCAUCCACCGAACGGAUUCAUAAUCGGACGCUUAUUCCUAGGAGGACGGCACAGCUAAACGGUUCUUCCUGGCUCAGAUAUUUCGAAUCCACCGUGGGAACAGACGUGCGCUGAAGCUUCACGGUCGCUUGGGGGAGCGAUGCAGUCCAUUCUCUCCGCCUUGACUUUCUUAUGUAUUCAGACAUUGCUGGUGGUGAACAAUCCUUUACAGGUGUUCGGCAGGGAUGGCGUCAACUUCAGUGUGCACGUAGAGAACCAGACGAGGGCUCGAGACGCAAUGAGCCGGAGACAGCACCGUGUUUAUCAGCUGUACAGCCGCACCAGCGGUAAGCACCUGCAGGUGCUGGGCAGGAAGAUCAGCGCCCGCGGAGAGGAUGGAGACAAAUAUGCCCAGCUCGUAGUGGAAGCCGACACCUUCGGCAGCCAAGUGAGAAUACGUGGCAAGGAGACCAACUACUACCUGUGCAUGAACCGGCGAGGGAAACUUGUGGGCAAGAAGGCGAGCAAUCGCAGCGCUGACUGCGUCUUCGUGGAGAAGGUGCUGGAGAAUCACUACACAGCGCUGAUGUCGGCACGCUACGCCGGGUGGUACGUGGGCUUCACCAAGAGGGGGCGCCCUCGGCGAGGACCCCACACGCUGCAUAACCAGCAGGACGUGCACUUCCUGAAGCGCUUCCCUCCGGGCGAGCAGCCCGACCUGCAGCCUUUCCGCUUCACCACCGUCAGCAAGCGGAGCAAGAGGGUGCGAGCGGCUGGCGACCGCUAGCGAAUCUGGCUGAAGCACUCGGCCACACAAACACACAUGCUACACGCACACAGACAUACACGACCCACCCGUUAGAGAGUCAUCACACAGAUCAGGACGUGAGUGGAUGAAUUCACACCGCCAGUGAAGCUUUGUUAUUGCGCAAGGUUCCUUGCUGGAAUGGACCAAACCAUAUGAGUAAGACACAGGAGACCAGGAGCAGAAUGAUAGGGAGAGAGAGCCUAGCAAUGGUUCAGACCAGGACCCUGUUCCACCACGCCACAGACUGAAGGGGAAAGACUUAGCACUGGAAGACAAAAUUCUCAGUCAGAUGGACAAAGCCCCAGGAGAUGGACAAGCGCUUCAGGAAGAUUAUAAAAAUUAAAAGAAGAGAAAGCUACGGAGUGGUAAAGGGCACUCAUCUCUCCCCAGCUCCUGAUUACAUGUGUAAAUAAGCAUGUUAGGUGUGACUUAGGCCCUCUGGGAGGAGUGCUUGUUUACAACCACACCACCUCGCACCUGGUGAAAUGACACUCAGACUGCAAUAUGAAAGCCAAGCUGUACCAAAGCCUAGACUCGCCAAAGACACCCUGGAUACCAAAGAGGUGUUAUUACACACACCUGCGUACGUGUGGGACGGUGACAGGGCGUUUUGUCCCAGCACAGUGGACAGUGCUGGUACUGGACAUCAAGUGGAUUACCACAGCCUCGUACUAAGUGGACCAAGUAGACAAACAGUAGCAUUAUUAUUAUUGUUAUUAUAAAACUAUUUAUUUUCACCUCUGUAUAUUGCAGUCAUUUUAAGGCUAUUUUGAUUUAUUAAAAAGUUAAUGUUUUAUUGCA